AUGGAUCGACUAGUUUCAUUAACGACAUUCUUAAUAUUAUUAAUCGUCAAUACUCCAUUAAUCGAUGCUGAUAGGCCAGUUUUCAUUUCAAACGCAAUUGUACAGCUGGCUAAACCUUUAACAGAAUCUUGUAAGAGUACAACUAAUGUAACUGACGAACAAAUUAGAAAGGUGAAUACCGGAAACUUUGAAGACGGAAAGAUCAUAGGGUGUUACUCUCAUUGCCUUUGGCAAAAAAUGGAUCUGCUUGAUGAGAAUGAUAAUAUUAAAACAGAAAUCAUAGAGGCUCUGUUGCCCGACGAAUUCAAAGGAAAUAUUAUCCAGACGUUGCUCACUUGCCAAAAGCGACAUCCACCGAAAGAUGACAAAUGCGAUCGAUCAUUUAGCAUCCAGAAAUGUUACUACGAGAUAUCACCACAGACGUUUUAUAUGCUCUAG